AUGAAUGGCCUAAGCCACAAUAUCCAGUUCCCUGGUGCUACAGCUGCUGAUAUGGCCCAUUAUGUCAAACCGGCAUUAAUGGCAAAGCUGAAUGUUGUUAUACUACAUGUGUGUACCAACGACAUCAAGAACAACUCACCAGAUCAGGUGCAAUCCAUCUGUAAUCUCGGUAAAGGAAUCAGGAAGCAGCAAAACAAAAUCGAUUUGAUUCCUUCAUCAAUCAUCACCCGAAAUGAUGACCCAUCUCUGGCUACGAAGGUAACAAAAUGUAAUGAACUACAAAUUAAAUGAUUUAUGUAUCGAGCAAAACUGGGGUCUAAUAGACACUAAUAACAUCGAUAAAUACCAGUUAAAUAGCUAUGGUCUGCAUCAUUCUCGUACCCAGAGCCCUUCUUACGCGUGGUGCGACGAGGGGCUCUGGCCAAAUCCAUAUCCGAACUGGCAUCUGAUUGGCUAGUUCUAGCACCAGAUAUUGUUUUCUUACCAUGUUUUUAUGGUAUCCGGUUAUGGAUUUGGCCAGAGCCCCUCGUCGCACCGCGCGUAAGACCCUUCUUCUUCUUCUUCUGGGUACGACAAUGUGGUCUGCAUUUGAACACAAAGGGCUCCGCCUCCUUGGCAAAAAAACAUAAAGAAUUACUUAAAGAAUAUCAAUUGACUAGAUACUUCUUAUUAUUCCAAAAUAGAAGAUACUGUAGCAUCCUCGUCAUCAUCUGAUCAAAGUAGACUCGACAAUGAUAAUGAUGAUCAUGAUGAUCAUGAUGACGGGGAUGUUACUAAGACUAACGAUAAUGAAAAUGUGAACCCUCUAGACCCAAUUACUCCGACCACGGACCAAUAUGAAAAGGUUUACCCAAAACUCAAGGGAUUCAAAAUAAGGCAUUUAAAUAUUGCAAGUCUGGUAAAGCAUAAUAUAAAAACGAAUUAUUGGUUUAAUUUUCUGGCUAAACUCCCUUUUGAUGUAAUUUGUAUCAACGAAACUCGACUUGACGACUCCAUAGACAACUCUGAGGUUAAAAUACCAGGUUACGAUUUGGUAAGAAAGGAUAUAUAG